AUGGAUUCGGCGACGAAAAAGUACGCGCUGGACAAAGCGGAAGCCAUCGAGGAAUUCGUGGCGUAUCCGGACGAGUUGCUGGACGUGCGCAUGGUCGACGGCUAUUACUCUUCGCUGCGCCUGGACGACGGCGACUACUUGGGAACCAUGUUGCGCUUGUCCCGGUUCGAGUACGACAAGUACUUCGAGAGACUGCACGUGCCCGUGAACAAAUCCGAUUGGGUGACGCACGGCAGAGCGGUCGUGCUAAACGCGUUCUACAACAUCGUCGAGAACAGCAUACAGUUCCCGGCGGGUAAGUCCACCGGCGCGGCGCCUCCCCGCCGACCGGUCGACCGCAGCGCGCAAUAUUCCCCGGAUCAAUAAUAACAACGAUAACAAUGACGUCCGUCGGCAGGCAUACUGCAAGGCAUGUUUUUCUCGGCGGACCGGCCCAAUUACAUGAACUUCGGCAGCAUCGGCUACGUGAUCGGGCACGAGAUCACGCACGGGUUCGACGACAAGGGCCGCAUGUACGACAAGACGGGCAGCAUGCGGAACUGGUGGCGCCGCGAGACCAGCAAAAGGUUCACGGAACGCGCGCUGUGCAUGGUCCGCCAGUACAACGGGUUCGAGAUGGCCGGCCAGAACGUCAACGGCAUGCAAACGCUCGACGAGAACAUCGCGGACAACGGGGGCGUCAUGCUGGCGUACCGCGCGUACAGCCGGUGGUCGGCCGCGUGCGCCGGCGGCCCGGAGCCGCGUCUGCCCGGCCUGGACCGGUACACGCCGCGGCAGAUGUUCUGGAUCAGCUCCGCGAACGUCUGGUGUUCCGUGUACCGGCCCGAGGCGAUCCGCAAAUUCCUGCAGACGAACCAACACUCGCCCGGCCGGUUCCGGGUCAUCGGGUCGUUUCAAAACCAACGGGAGUUCGCCGAGGAUUUCCGGUGUCCGGUCGGGUCCUACAUGAACCCCGCGAAGAAGUGCAAGGUCUGGUAG